AUGCACUUCAAGAUCAUGCUCGUCUCGCUGGUUGCAAGCGCUGUCGCCCUGCCAGCACUCCACUCCCGCCGCUCUGCUCAGAUUCAGGCUAAGAAAGUCUGUCAGAGCGGUAUUACCAACCUCCUUGACGACGAGGGUACCGGCACCGAGAACUUUGAGAACAACAUCGGCAAUGGUGUUGCGAACGUAGCCGACGACUUGGGUGAGGCCGUUGUCGACCUUGUCAGUAAGCGUUUCGCUCAGAUUGGGAACGGUAUUACCAACUUCCUUGACGACGAGGGCGCCGGAACCGAGAACCUCGAGGACGAUCUCGGCAAUGGUUUCGCGAACGUAGCCGACGAUGCGGGUGAGGCCCUAGACGACCUCGUCAGCAAGCGUUCAGCUCAGGUUGAGAACGGCCUUACCAACCUCCUCGACGACGAGGGUACCGGUACCGAGAACCUUGAGGAUAAUGUCGGCAAUGGUGUCGCAAAUCUGGCCGACGAUGCGGGUGCGGCUGUGGUAGACCUUACCGGAUCGUCUUUCACAUCGUUGGAAUGA